AUGGUCUUGUUUAGCUGUUGUGUUGUUGAGUACUUGAAAGACUUGAAGUGCGUUGGUUUCAUAUUUUCUAUAUUUUGCAUUUCAGAGUACUUCUUCAGCAAACCUAAUUACAUGAACACCAACAGCAAUCGCCGCAGUAGGACAACAGAUGAGGGCUUUUAUAAAAGCACAGGCAAGGUUCGUGAGAUCAAGGCUGAACAAUCCCAAGCUGUGAUUGGUAAUAAGAGGAUUUUGUCUUACUACGAAGGUCGUGUGCCCAAAGCCAAGAAGACCAAGCAUGUCAUGCAUGAGUAUUCUGUCACCAAGACUAAACUGGCCCAACUGGGUGCUCAAAACAAUCAGCAGAGGGAGUUAGUUCUCUGCCACCUGACGAAUAAGUCAGCAAAAUCUGAGAAGCUGAAAGAUGAUUCAAUCUGCGGCGAUGAAUUAGCUGAACCUGCUAUUGGUAAUGAAAUCUCCUAUAACUCUGAAGAUGAUCAAGCUGCUGCAACUGAUAUGAUUCAAGGCCCAGAUGAGCAUCUCGCAAACAAAGAUGCUCUGCUUGGCACUGAGAAUCGUAAUGAAUGCGCCGAUCCGUCCUGUGCUGAUCUUGGAGAAAAUAUGGAUUCAACCUUUAUUUCACCUGAGCAGCUAGCAGCCACAUCAGCCACCACACCCACCUCAGCCACAUCAUUUGGUGGCUUUGGUGUUGGUUCACCUGAUGGCUUCUUGUUGUCUGAUUUCGAUGAUGGCUUCUUGUUAUCUGAUUUCGAUGUUCUGUUUUAA